CGCGUACCCUACUUCUAAUUCCGGAAAGUCCGUGAUUUCCGGUUGCUUCCGGUUGUCUGUUCGGGUCAUCGCAGUUAGUCCCCUGCCUCAGGGUUGUCCACUCAUCAUCUUCUCAGCAGUCGAACCCCGCUAAGGAUGGAGCCUGCCUCGGGCCCUGCAGAGCAGCCUGAGCCUGAGAAGGCUGCAAGUGAGGAGCCAGAGCCCGCGCAAUGGCAAGUUCUCCCUGUCCUGUCGGAGCAGCAGUCCGGAGCCGUGGAGCUGGUGCUGGCCUAUGCUGCACCAGUCCUGGACAAGCGCCAGACAUCCCGCCUCCUCCGGGAGGUGUCCGCCGUCUACCCGCUUCCAGCCCAGCCCCACCUCAAGCGGGUGCGCCCCAGCCGCAGCGCGGGCAGCGCCCACGCAUCGGAUCUUCUGCUGUGCCUGGCAGGGCCCUCUGCGGGCCCGCGCUCGCUGGCUGAGCUCCUCCCUAGACCGGCUGUGGACCCGCGUGGCCUGGGCACACCUUUCCUGGUGCCCGUGCCCGCCCGGCCGCCCCUCACCCGGAGCCAGUUUGAGGAGGCGCGGGCCCACUGGCCCACAUCCUUCCACGAGGACAAGCAGGUGACCAGCGCACUGGCCGGGCAACUCUUCUCUGCGCAGGCGCGAGCAGCCAUGCAGAGACAUAUGGAACGGGCGGUGCGUGCCGCCCAGAGCGGAGCUGGCCAGGGUCUGCGGGCGGUGGGCGCUGUCGUGGUAGACCCAGCUUCGAACCGUGUGCUGGCCACCGGCCAUGACUGCAGAGACACGGCCAGCCCCCUGCUGCACGCAGUCAUGGUGUGCAUUGACCUGGUGGCCCAGGGGCAGGGCCGUGGCACCUGUGACCUCAGACAGCACCCGGCUUGCUCCUUCAGCCCGGCCGCCACCGCCCAGGCUGCACGUGCUGGCAGUGUGCGCAAGCUGGAUGAAGACGGCGUGCCCUACGUGUGCACCGGCUAUGACCUGUACGUCACUCGCGAGCCCUGUGUCAUGUGCGCCAUGGCCCUUGUCCACGCCCGCAUCCAGCGUGUCUUCUAUGGGGCGUCCUCUCCUGACGGCGCCCUGGGUACGCGCUUCCGUGUCCAUGCACGGCCAGACCUCAACCACCGCUUCCAGGUGUUCCGUGGCGUCCUGGAGGACCAGUGUCGCCAGCUGGACCCCGACCCGUAGACCUAGUCACCUGCCACUUCCAGACUGUUCUCUGCUCCUGGCCAGUCCACUUCCAGACUGUUCUCUGCUCCUGGCCAGUCCGCAUCCCCUGCAGCUCCGUGGCCUUGGGCGCUGGGGCCACACCCUCUGUCUAAGGACCCUGACCACCUGUGUCAGCGUGCGAGGCCUCUCAGUCCUGAGACAGUGGCCUCUUUUCUGCUGACUACAGAGUCCGACCGUGAGGCUCAACCAUGCUUACAAGCCCAUGGCUGACUUAAGUCCCCAUGGUCCUCCAGGCUCGGGGCAGGGAGCAGCCAUCGUGUGAAAAUAAAACCGCCUCAAACCAA